GGUAAAAAUUAGGUCCGGCACCCAGCGCCGCAUCCGAAAGGAGGGCCACUGUUUCUCGCGUAUCCAUGUCGACGAUAUAGUCAACGCCGUUAUUGCAUCCACGCAAAAGCCCAACCCCAAGCGAGUUUACAAUGUGGUGGAUGAUUUCCCCUGUCCACAGCACGAGAUUGUUGAGUUCGGCUGCCAGUUGCUAGGUCUGGAGGUGCCUCCGCUCAUUGAGUUUAAGGAUGCGGAUAUGUCGGCCAUGGCCCGGUCGUUCUACGGAGAGAAUAAACGCGUUUCAAAUGUGCGCCUCAAGACGGAGCUUCUGCCUUCACUUACCUACCCCACGUAUAAAGAGGGCUUGCCAGCUCAGUACCAGGAAGAGCAGGCGGAGGAAGCCAAACAGAGGCUAAGCUUGGGUAAACGUAGUAAGACCGGUAGGCUCGUACUCACAACGUCGAGGACCACUCAGUUUGUCCGCAGAUUGCCCUUAAUAGGCCACUUGCUGGAUGUGCUUUUACCCGAGCCUAGUCGAAUAGCUGCUGUUCUGGUUGGUAUGUCUGGCGACCCCAAGUUGCACGAUAUUUGUGAAUUCAGGUGA